UAUAUACAGAAAGUGUGUGCGCAGGAUAAGAGCUUGCACACUCUUCCCAGUUUCAAGCAACUUACAUAUUCAUUCAUUUUUUAGUAUAUUAUAAAGAGAGGAAAGAUUGAAAGUUUACAAGUUUUUUUUUUUUAAAUUGCUUUCUCUUUUUUUGGGGUUUUGUUAUUUUUGAUGAUUGAGCAGAGGGAAGGAAUCAGAGUGAUGAUGAGGAUAGUGGGGUUUCAUUGAAAGGUCUAUAUCUUUUGAGGGAGAGAGAAAGAGAGAAAAGAGAGAAGAGAGAGAGAGAGAGAGAGCUACUCAAAUGCUUUGGUCGGCGUGCUUUGAUGCUGCUAACUGAAGGGGGGUUUGUUUUUUUUUUUUUUUUUUGUAUAUACCGAAAAGCCCCACAUGAGAAAAGAUCUUUCUUUCCAGUAUUGUACCCUUUUUCUUUGCAGAAAUUUGUUCCUUGAUUUUGGACUCUGCUGGUGGGGUGGGGGUGUUGGUGAAGGGAGGGUGUAAAAGGUUCUCUUUCGUGACCAAUUGGGAUUGGUUUUUUAAGUGUUUCAUUGAGAUUCCUUUUUUUUUCCCUUCGAUUGUUUUCUCUGUCUCUGGAAGAUGCUAUACGUUAUUUGCUGAGGUGGGACUCGGUGGAGCAAUGGGAAUGGACAUUUGUUUCUUCUCUUUUUUUGAGUUGAGGGGUUUUUGGUUUUCUCAAAUGAAGAUGUAAAGCCGGGGUCCUUGCUGACAGUUCUUCUGGUUGGGCUGUAUUGUAAAAGAGAGUAAAGGAAGAAUUUUUUAGUAAGAGAAGACAACAUAAUGGGUUCUGUAGUUGAAGAGAAGAUAAAACCAGGAGCUUUGGUUAACGGGGGGCCACAGGCCACUCUGCUUGAGGAGAUGAAGUUAUUGAAAGAAAUGCAAGAUCAGUCUGGGGCCCGGAAGGCUAUACAUUCCGAGCUAUGGCAUGCCUGCGCAGGUCCACUUGUUUCCUUGCCGCAGGUGGGGAGUCUUGUGUAUUACUUUCCUCAAGGACAUAGCGAACAGGUAGCAGUGUCCACAAAAAGAAUGGCGACCUCUCAAAUUCCAAACUACCCGAAUCUUCCAUCUCAGUUGAUGUGCCAAGUUCACAAUGUUACACUACAUGCAGACAGAGAUACAGAUGAAAUAUAUGCCCAAAUGAGCCUUCAACCAGUGAACUCUGAAAAAGAUGUCUUCCCUAUACCAGACUUUGGAUUGAAGUCCAGCAAGCAUCCAAAUGAAUUUUUCUGCAAAACUUUGACUGCAAGUGAUACCAGUACACAUGGUGGUUUCUCAGUGCCACGCAGAGCAGCAGAGAAGCUCUUCCCUCCAUUGGAUUACACAAUGCAACCCCCAACUCAAGAGCUUGUUGUGCGAGACCUGCAUGACAAUACCUGGACAUUUCGUCAUAUAUACCGCGGACAGCCGAAGCGACACCUACUUACAACUGGAUGGAGUUUGUUUGUUGGAUCAAAAAGGCUUAGGGCAGGUGAUUCUGUUCUCUUUAUCAGGGAUGAGAAAUCACAGUUAAUGGUGGGUGUGAGGCGUGCAAAUCGUCAACAGACAACAUUACCAUCAUCAGUUCUAUCUGCUGAUAGUAUGCACAUCGGUGUCCUUGCUGCUGCUGCUCACGCUGCUGCCAAUAGAAGCCCAUUCACAAUUUUCUACAAUCCAAGGGCCUGCCCUUCAGAAUUUGUCAUCCCUUUGGCUAAAUACCGAAAGUCUGUUUAUGGUACUCAAGUCUCUGUUGGUAUGAGGUUUGGAAUGAUGUUUGAAACAGAUGAGUCGGGAAAACGUAGAUAUAUGGGUACAUUAGUUGGUAUUGGUGACUUGGAUCCUCUGAGAUGGCCUGGCUCGAAGUGGCGUAACCUUCAGGUUGAGUGGGAUGAACCUGGAUGUAAUGAUAAACCGAACAGGGUCAGUGCAUGGGAAAUUGACACUCCUGAAAGUCUCUUUAUUUUUCCUUCUCUAACUUCAGGUCUCAAACGACCAUUACAUCCUGGAAUUUUGGGAGCAGAAUCUGAAUGGGGAAGCUUGAUAAAAAGGCCCCUUCUCCAGUUUCCUGAAAAUGGAAAUGGGAAUCUUCCCUAUUCAAUCUCAAAUUUAUGUUCUGAGCAACUGAUGAAGAUGAUGCUGAAGCCUCAGCUCGUUAACCAUCCAGGAGUUUUUGCAUCUACUUUACAACAAAUCUCUGCUGCAAAGGGAUCUCCAUUAGAAGAGAUGAAGAACUUGCAGUCUACAAGCAAUCAGAAACCUCAGCUUAUCCAAUCAGAAAAUCUGUUUGUAGAAAACCAAAAUCUUACCCAAUUAGUCCCUGACCAACCUGAUCCCAUCAACUCAAAUUUACCCAAAAUAAAUGCUAAUGGGAAUCUACACCCUCCUGCAAACAAAUUUGAAAGUCAAACGCAAGCUAGGAGCAGUAAUGAAAAGUUAAAGUUGGAAUCAGAGCAUUCAACUGAUCAGUUAAGUCAGUUGACUUCAACAUCAGAAUGCAAUGAGGAAAAAUUGGCUGCAAAUGCUGCAAGCCCAUCAACUAUUUUGAACCAACUUUCUUUCCCUAACCAGAACCAGAUUCCAUUCCCAUUGCAAAACAAUCCAUGGCCCAUUCAGUCACAGUUGGAAUCGUCAGCCCUCCAAGCUCAUCAAAUGCAAGUAUCUCAAGCUGAUAUUACUACUCUAAGCAGCUUUCUUCCUUUCUUAGACCCAGAUGAAUGGACGUCGCACCUUUCAGCCUGCCAGCCUCUUGCCGGGAUUUAUAGAUCUCCUGGUCCUGUGCCAGUGGUUGGGUUACAAGACUCUUCAGCUGUCUUUACUGAAGCAACCGAUCCUUCUUUAACUACAGGGGGUCAGGAUACAUGGGAUCAUCAGCUGAAUAAUUGUAGGAUUUUAUCCCAUGUUGACCAAUUAACGUCAAUCCCACAGCAAGACUCAUACAAUCUUAGUUCUGGUGGGGUGAGAGAUUUGUCUGAUGACAGCAAUAAUCAAAGUGGGAUAUACAGCUGUCUUAACAUUGAUGUCAGUAAUGGUGGCAGUACGGUGAUUGAUCCUUCUGUUUCCAGUGCCAUUCUGGAUGAAUUUUGUUCAUUGAAGGAUGCUGACUUCCAAAAUCCUUCAGAUUGUUUGGUUGGCAACUUCAGUUCUAGUCAGGAUGUUCAGUCUCAGAUUACCUCAGCUAGCCUUGCAGACUCUCAGGCUUUCUCUCGACCAGAAUUACCAGACAGCUCAGGUGGCACAUCUUCAAGCAAUGUCGAUUUUGAUGAGAGUGGCCUUCUGCAGAACAACUCAUGGCAGCAAAUGGCUCCACGUGUGCGAACAUAUACAAAGGUUCAGAAGGCAGGAUCUGUUGGAAGGUCACUUGAUGUCACAAGUUUUAAGAACUAUGAUGAACUAAUCUCUGCGAUUGAAUGUAUGUUUGGACUUAAGGGGCUGCUCAACGAUCCAAGAGGUUCAGGGUGGAAAUUGGUAUAUGUGGAUUAUGAGAAUGAUGUUCUACUUGUUGGGGAUGAUCCUUGGGAGGAAUUUGUUGGGUGUGUCCGCUGCAUCAGAAUUCUAUCCCCAACAGAAGUACAACAGAUGAGUGAAGAAGGAAUGAAGCUUCUCAACAGUGCCACAGUGCAAGGCAUUAAUGGCACCAAUUCAGAAGGUUGCAAUGCUUAAAGAUGCCUCGAACUGAAUUGCCAUUAUGCUUUCAAAUAACCCAAGAAUGCUCCAUUGUUAAUCUGGAGAUGAAAAAUGACAGGAGAGUCUCGGAUUGCUGAAACCAGAUAUAUUCUUGGGUUUUGUAUGAUUAUCAGUAGUAUCCCUGCAGCUUCAGUUAGCAAUUCGCGUGCUCUUUCUCUUAGCUUUCACUUUGUAGAGGUGGAAUGUGCUGUACGAUAAUUUAAAAUAACAAUUUUCAGCAGGAAAUGAACUAAAUGAGUAACCCCCUCUUUCAGAAAAGCAGAA